AUGGCUGUGAUGAUUGUUGAAUUUCUUUUUGUCCUUAUUUGGCUCCAGGCCUGUUUGGCUACUGCCGCUGGUUUAACAUCACUCCCAAAGGUCAACAGAGUGCGGACCUUUAUCCUCACCGACAUCCUCAAUGAACCUGAUGAUAAUAUGUCUUUGGUCCGAUACCUCUUGUACUCCAAUGAAUUUAACACAAGAGGAAUCGCAGCAGUGACAUCAUGGUCUCUAAGAAACGAGACACAUCCUGGGGAGAUCAAAAGGGUUAUUGAGGUCUAUAGCAAGGUUGUGGACAAGCUCAACCAGCAUGUUCAUCCAGACAAUUCUUAUCCUCAUCCACAAGACCUGAUAAGCAAGAUAUCAUCUGGCCCUAUCUCAUAUGGCAAAGCUGCCCUCGAGCAACCGCUGAGUGAAGGCGCGCGGCAUUUAGUCGAGGCACUACGAGAAUCUACAGAACCACUCUACGUCAGUCUUUGGGGAGGGGCAAAUACCCUGGCCCAAGCCCUGCAAUACAUCGACAAGACCGAAACAAAACGCGUCGCAUCUCAACUUCGCUCCCGUCUUAUAGUUUACGCUAUCUCAGACCAGGAUGAUGCAGGUCCCUACAUCAGAGUCAAAUGGCCCGACGUCUUCUAUAUUGUCAACGUUCACGGUUACCGAGAGUAUAGUCAGGGCACAUGGACUGGCAUCUCCACUGGCGAUAACAAUGCUGCCAACAGGACGAAAGUACUUGACGAUUGGCUGACUCCCAACAUUCGGAUUGGGCCACUGGGAGCUGAAUAUCCCAAGAUUAUUUACACAAUGGAAGGUGAUAGCCCAAGCUUCAUCUGGACAAUCCAGAAUGGUCUCAAUAUUCCGGGGCGGCCGGAGUAUGGAGGUUGGGGAGGUCGAUAUACCCGCGUCACUGAGGAUUCUGAUAUCAACGAGUAUGCAACUUCGGCUGAUACUCUGGUCAACAAUAAUGGCGAGAACUGGAGGAGCCACUAUGCCACUAUCUGGAGGUGGCGUGAUGCUUAUCAGGACGACUUCGCUGCACGCAUGCAGUGGACUAUCGUCGACAGCUUUAAAGACGCUGCUCAUCCUCCAAAGAUCUCUAUCAACGGCUCCACAGGUUAUGAACCAUUGCGAUUCCAGGUUGGUCUUAACGACGCCCUAGUUCUGGAUGCCAGUGAGACAUUCGAUACAGAUAACCUCGAUGACGCAUCCGGGCUUACCUUUGAGUGGUAUCCCUACGCUGAAUGUGCCCUUCCCUUUUUAACGAGUCUCAAUGCGAAUUUCUUCAAGAUCGAAUCAUUGUCGGCGCCAUCUUAUACCAAUGGUACGCUUUUAGUCAAUGAAGCAGGUUUCAGCAAUGCUACUCUGGGGCCGGUAGUCAAGAUUUCGACAAUGCUUAAUAGUUGGGUACAGGAGCAGCCCAGUGUGGUGGAUAAGGAGUGGCACAUCAUUCUGCAAGUCACCAACAACAAGGGGGCAUAUCCUAUCAGACGGUACAAACGCGUCAUUCUUGAGAUCCCUGAGGCUGCAUAG